CGGUGGUCGAAAUGGCCUUCUGCUUCCCGGUCCUGAGGCUGGGCAAGAAGAGCAGGGCCGGUUCGAUCACUUCUCCUCCUUUCUUCUCCCCCUCCUCUCCUUUUCCUUCUUCUUCUCGGUGGCCCAAGAGGAACCUCUUGCCCUCCGAAAUGGAUAUCAUGGAAAAGAAGAGGUGGGACAGCUUGGAAUCGUGGUCGAUGCUGUUGGAACCCGGGAAUGCCGAGAGCUCCGAGGCCAACGCGGGAGGGGAAAGAGAGGAAUGGAUGGCUGAUCUUUCACAGCUCUUCAUCGGCAACAAAUUUGCUUCGGGAUCCAACAGUAGGAUAUACAGAGGGAUCUACAAGCAACGGGCGGUGGCCGUGAAGAUGGUAAGGAUUCCAGAGCAGGACGAGGAGAAGCGAGCGACGCUGGAGCAGCAGUUCAAUUCCGAAGUCGCCUUCCUCUCCCGCCUUUAUCAUCCAAACAUAGUGCAGUUCAUAGCAGCCUGCAAGAAGCCUCCCGUGUACUGUAUCAUAACAGAGUACAUGUCUCAAGGAACUCUGCGGAUGUAUCUGCACAAGAAGGAGCCGUAUUCGCUGUCGACCGAAACCAUUCUCCAAUUAGCCCUCGACAUCUCUCGGGGAAUGCAGUAUCUGCAUUCGCAGGGCGUGAUUCACAGAGAUCUCAAGUCGCAAAACUUGCUUCUCAACGACGAGAGGCGAGUCAAGGUUGCUGAUUUCGGCACCUCCUGCCUGGAAACUCAGUGCCGGGAAUCCAAGGGGAACAUGGGAACCUAUCGCUGGAUGGCCCCGGAGAUGAUCAAGGAGAAACCAUACACCAGGAAGGUGGACGUGUACAGCUUCGGCAUCGUCCUCUGGGAGCUCACCACCGCUCUGGUUCCGUAUCAAGGAAUGACACCGGUGCAGGCUGCAUAUGCCGCUUCGGAGAAGAGUCUGCGACCGCCGCUGUCGACGACCUGUUCGCCUGUGCUCAAUAAUCUCAUCAAGAGCUGUUGGUCGGCGAAUCCGGCAAGGCGACCGGAUUUCAACUACAUCGUGUCGGUGUUGGAGAAGUACGAUGAACGCCUCAAGGAAGGCCUCCCGGUUCUGGUGCAGCAGGAGCUGCGAAUCGGGAACUCCCUCUUCAAGCUCCUCAAGGGCUGCAUUGCGACCACUUCAUCCAUACCCGUGCAGGCCUGACCGCAAGGUUGAAGCGGCAGUAUGCGUCUCUCCUCCUCUCUUGCUUCAGUGUAUGACGUCUAUGAACGAUGGGUAUUGUAAUCCUGCAAUGCUGUCUUUUUGCUCCUAGUAUUCCGCAAUCAAUCCAGAAAUCAGAUGAACUGCAACUUUUCUCA